ACAAAGUUUCUCUCAAUUUGUUCCAAAUCCAUUUUCCGACACUUCUUCAAGCUUAGUUUUUUUGUUUUGUUUAACAUUGUUGCAGAGCAGUGCAAAAACCAGACCAAAAUGAAGUUUGGGAAGGAAUUUGCAGCUCAAAUGGUGCCGGAAUGGCAAGGGGCAUACAUGGAUUAUGAUUAUCUUAAAACCCUUUUAAAAGAUAUUCAAGCUUUCAACCAAAGAGCCAAGCAACAACAACCCGUCCCACAUGGAUUAAAACGAAAUCUGUCCAUGUACAGAGCUUUCAGUGGGCUGCUAGUUCAUAGACAUGCUCACCAUUCCGUCGAUCCGACGUCGCCGGACGUUGAAGAGCAUCCCAUUUUGGUGAAUUCCGUCAACCGGAACGGCUCCCACAAGUACGAGACAACGUUCCUUAUGCAGGGGGAGAAAGGCGGAGAGUAUGAACUGGUGUACUUCAGAAGGCUGGACGAUGAGUUCAAUAAGGUGGACAAGUUUUACAAGUCCAAGGUGGCCGAGGUAAUGCAGGAGGCUGAGACACUGAACAAGCAGAUGGAUGCUUUAAUUGCUUUUAGAAUCAAAGUGGAGAAUCCUCAAGGAUGGUCGUGGCAAGACCAGUCUGAUGAUAUGACUCGUCUCGCCUCGUCUGUAGCAGUAUCAACCGCUGUGCUCGCGGCUUCGACUCCGGCCGGCGCUAGAGCAAGCGGCAGAAGAUCAGUUGAGCUCAUGGAGAUCAUCGAAGAAGGGCCGAGCGUGCACGAUGAUUCGGAUGAUGAUAAGAAAGAUACUGCCAAGCAAGAUAUUGAAGCUCAAACCAUUGAAAAACCAGUGGUUGUUAAUAAGUUCAAGGAACAUAAACCAGCUCCGUUGCAGAUACUGGACCGUGUUAAAAUGAAUAACACACUCGCUACGCCUCGAUCCACCAUUAAAGUGUUUCUAAAUGUUCCUAAGCAGUCCGAGUUGAAAUUUAACAUGGAAAAUCUGAAGAGGGUUGAGAAUAAACUUAAGCGAGCUUUUGUUGAAUUCUAUCAGAAACUUCUCCUCCUCAAAAGUUACAGUUUCUUAAAUACAUUGGCUUUCUCAAAAAUCAUGAAGAAAUAUGACAAGAUCAGUUCAAGGAAUGCUUCGAAAUCAUACAUGAACAUGGUGGAUAGUUCUUAUCUAGGUAGCUCCGAAGAGGUUUCGAAACUUAUGGAAAGAGUUGAGGCUACGUUCAUCAAACAUUUUGCAAACUCAAACCGCAGCAAAGGAAUGAAUAUUUUAAGACCAAAAGCUAGGAAACAAAGACAUACAACAACAUUUUACAAUGGAACGGACCAGUACAUGGAAACCAUGUUCCCUCUUUACAGUUUGUUUGGAUUCAUUGUUCUACAUACGGUGAUGUAUGCCAUCAAUGUGUACUUUUGGAGAAGGUAUCGAGUUAAUUAUGCCUUCAUAUUUGGUUUCAAGCAAGGGACAGAGCUCGGCUACCGGGAAGUGCUACUUGUAAGUUUUGGCCUAGCAGUAAUGGCACUUGCUAGUGUGCUCUCAAAUCUUGAUAUGGAGAUGGAUCCCAAAACUAUGGAUUAUAAAGCAUUCACCGAAAUUGUCCCUUUGAUAUUGGUGGCGGUGGUAUUCGUCAUACUGUUCUUGCCAUUCAACAUCCUAUUUCGAUCGAGUCGUUUCUUCUUCCUUACUUGUUUGUUUCACAGCAUAUUAGCCCCUCUUUACAAGGUCAGGCUCCCAGAUUUCUUCCUGGCAGAUCAGUUAACUAGCCAGGUUCAAGCAUUUAGAAGUCUUGAGUUCUACAUUUGCUACUAUGGUUGGGGAGAUUUCAGACACCGAGAAAAUAGCUGCAAUAGCAACGAUGUUUUCACGACUUUCAGCUUCAUCGUGGCCGUGAUUCCUUUCUGGUCUCGCAUGCUUCAGUGCCUGCGUCGUUUUUUCGAGGAGAAAGACACAUUGCAAGGUUACAAUGCAGGGAAAUAUUUCAUCACCAUCGUAGCCCUUUGCUUAAGAACUGCAUACAGUCUUAACAGAGAGUUGAGUUGGGAAAUAUUGGCUCUCAUCUUCUCGGUGACUGCAGCCAUUGUAUGUACUUACUGGGACCUUGUCUAUGAUUGGGGACUUCUUCAACGCAAUUCUAGGAACCGAUGGCUGAGAGACAAACUCCUUAUUCGACGAAAAAGUGUCUAUUUCGGUGCCAUGGUCUUGAAUGUUCUACUGAGAUUUGCAUGGUUGCAAACAGUGUUCAAUUUCAAGAUAUUUGAUUUGCAUAGGCAAACCAUGAUCACCAUAGUGGCCAGCCUCGAGAUUAUCCGGCGAGGGAUGUGGAAUUUCUUCAGGUUAGAGAACGAGCAUUUGAAUAACGCCGGCAAGUAUCGAGCAUUCAAGUCUGUUCCAUUGCCUUUCAACUAUCAUGAAGAUGAAGAAAAAGAUGAAUAAAUAGUUUAUAAUUCAAUAAGGAAUAUAUACAAGUAGUUGUAGAUGUUGGAGAUUAAAUUAUUUCUUUG